CGGCUCGUGUCGGUCUCGCUGCUCCGUCUCCGCUUCACUCGCGGAGCGAGGUUCUACAUCACGAUCCAAGUUGUAUCACCUCAACUACAAGUACAAAGGAAUCAAUGCUUCAUAAAAAUGGAGACGAGGAGCAAAACUACUCGGCGCAACCUCUACGAGCAGUAGCUUCUACUAUUACAACAGCAGGUGUUGCGUACAAUGAUAGCAAUACCCAAGGAGAAGGAGAGGAGUCUACUCCUGGUUCAUCUUCUGUAAGCAGAAUGGCGAAGUGCUGCUGGUAUAGAAAAUGCUGCAAUUGGGUGGCACAACGAUGUAGUGCGUUCUACCAGCGAUCUUGCUAUUGGCAAGGGUACCUGACGUUUUACCUGGUAGAGCGCAGCUAUGGGUGGCUGAUGCUCGAUUUUUUUGUGGUCUUCGUUACUGGAAUCGAAAUAACGUUCUCCAUACUGCUCUAUUUACGGCAAAUGCGCAUGUUCAUAUCAAGAUCUACAACCUACUACUCACUAGUUACAAUACAUAGCAAUAUCUACAUCUUCUACAAUAGAAUUCUACAAGAACGUACCCCCCCCCCCUAUCUUCUACUGGAGUAUUCAAUAUUCUCUUUUUCCGUAGUACUUUCCUAUGCCCGCUUUUUGAAUACUACUAUUUCUAACAGGUCCAAUGUCUAGUAACCGGAGCAGUCUACUACUCAAUCAAUUGCAGUCUAGUCCUUACAUCAUUACUCAGUACUAAGUAGUGUUGUCGUCUACCUAUCUAUCUAUCUAUCUACCUUCAUCUGUAACCGGAGUUCUGCCUCUUGACACCAUCGAUAUCGUCUCGGCGUUGCGCGUUUUUGCGGUGGCAAGAAUACUUCGGUGCACAAAGCUCUUCCGUUAUAGUCCAGACUUGCGAUUAGUGAUCAUGAGUACUUACUUCUUUAUAGGGUGAUGUACUCUGGGAUUAGUGAUCAUGAGUACUUACUUCUUUAUAGGGUGAUGUACUCUGCGACUAGUGAUCAUGAGUACUUACUUUUUUUUAGGGUGAUGUACUCUGCGAUUAGUGAUCAUGAGUACUUACUUCUUUAUAGGGUGAUGUACUCUGGGAUUAGUGAUCAUGAGUACUUACUUCUUUAUAGGGUGAUGUGCUUCAUCUUUAUGUCGGGUGAUGUGCAAAUAACAAUUAAUUAAAAAUCACUCAUACCCCACGAUUGGGCACACUACUACUACUACUACUACUAUAGGACAUCACAUGAUGUACUUCUUUACACGCGGUUGCGACUGUUGAUGGUGAGUACUUCUUUGUAGUAUAAAGUGGAGGGUGAUCUACUCGAGCUGCCUGUUUCGUCCCGGACAACACGGCAUGGCCGUAGAGCCGUGGACCUUCAACCUUGAACCUUGAUCUUCAUCGUGACAGGAUCACCUCCCGCGAUUCUUAGUGAUGAUGAGUACUACAGAGCACUUCUUUAUACAGGUUUGGUGAACGCAUUCCGCACUAUCGUGUGGAUAGUGCUGAUGCUGGGAACGUUCAUCUAUGUAAACGCGUUGAUUCUGGUGAGAUUUAUUGGCCAGGAUGAUGACUUCGUCGCUCGGGAGCCAGAAAAUAUCGGGGAAAAAUUCGGCACGGUACGCCAGGCCAUAUAUUUUACGAUGAUGCGUCGUAUUGCUCCUCUUGCUUCUCCUCGUUAUCUAUAAUGUAACUAUGAAGUUUAAUGAGUAUAAUUUGACAACCGGUUAGUUUUCGCCUCUGAAAGUCUACUAAGUUUAUCCCGUGCAACAAUGUAACAACAAUUUUCAUUUGGUCUCUUCUGUGGGAUUGACUACGACAUUUCGUUCAAAAUCUUCAUAUUGCAUGAUCUUUUCGUUCAUAUUACAUCUCUUUGUUGCGUUUACGCUGGAAAAUUGGCCGGAAAUUGCAGAGCCUUUUCGCCGCGCCGUGAGUCCACAGAUGAGUUGGUAUUUCGUUUUCUUCAUCUGCUGUACGAAUUUUACCAUCUUUUAUGGCCACGUAUGCCUCGAACCCGAUCUGUCACGUCUUUCAGCAGGAUACUUGUUGAUAGUUACCAUUUUCUCUUCUCUAUCUUCCUCUGGUCUGUCUUUUUUCUAGUUAGGUCGGCUCCGCCACAAAUAUGAAUGUGUAUCGUAUCAUGUGAAGAUAUGUGCAUCGUCCUGCGUUGCAAGUAUUUGCGCAGACUUCUGACUACAAAUCAAAAUGUCCUAUGGGUAGGGACGAUCAUGACUAGGAAAGUAUGAUCUUGAUCUUAAUCAUACUAUUAUCAUCUGUGACACUGACAUUAUAGGCUUAUCCCUUCUGGCAAAGUAUCAUCUGUGACAACAUAGGUUUUUUGACUGUAGUCCAAGGUUAACCCUAAGGCUAUAUUGAUAAUCAUAGUGGACGACUCACUCUUUUCAUACUAGCUCGUUGGUCGUGGCGAUCACGCUGCAAAACAUCCGCAAGAUCAAGGUCGGGAGCAAGCUGAAGCUUCUCAGGGACAUUGCACGUGAAAAUUAUGAAAAGUCAACAAUGAACAAGAUGAAGAUGUCAUAUUCUUGUGCUUCAGGUAUAAUUCUACCUCUAGAUGUUUACCCAUUCUUUCCUACGUCUAAAUCUAGCUCGAGAUUAAGAGGAGUCUCGUAGCCUUGUUCCGUGAGCUGGACGCUGAUGAAAGCGGCGAGGUAAGCCUCGAUGAGUUUAGGGCUCUUGUAAUCGGAAACAAGAUCCUCGAAGGGUCGCCACCUGGCGCAGCAGGAGAUAUAGGACAGAAAAGCCCACUUCCUUGCGAUAAAAACUGUAUGACAACUAGUACUUCUUGUACUGUAGUUGGUGAAAUAGGACGAGGCGCAGUAGUUGAUGUUUCAUCGCCUGCAGUUGCAAAUACCAUUAGCACCGGGUUGAGUUCGUCUGCAACGACCGCGUCUGCAACGGCCGGGUCUGCCAGUGUAGUGGAAACGGCGACUACAGCAAUUGGCGUCCUUCGCACAACGAGUGGCGUGGACGGUGAGGGGCGUCUUCAGGAGAGGGAAGUCCACCAUGGGACUAGGAACAACACGUGUAACGACGCGAGGAAUUGUACUACAUCAACUGAGACGUCGGAAUCUACUGCUUCGUGUAAGGAGGAGUACAAUGCGAAUAAAUGUGCGUCAGCUCCUGAGCAGGAGGUUGGUUCCUCUGCGAAAAGGAUGCGAAGCAACUUUGCUCCGAAGGUUGCGCGCUCAGGGAGUGAUAGUACUGUUGAUCAAGUGGGUGACGAAAACAGCUGUUCUACAAUCUUAGACAGCUGCGCUUUUUCUCCAGACAGUAAGAUAAUGGCGGACAGUCACAGCCUUCCUGUCUUAAGGCAAGAGACAGAGUUUCGAAUUUUCUCACGGAAAUCGUGAAUGAUAGAGGUGAGUAAGUCGUAGUAAGUAUGAAUGUAUUGCUAGAUGUGAGAUCUUGUGGCAGUCCUCGUCAUUCCACUGCUCUAGCUUUUUGCUAUGUAUUGAUUUCUUUUUUGAAUUCCAUUUCUCCAGUACCCGGUUUCCGCUAUCAACAUCGACGAUGAAUAAUGCUGUGUCUUUACUGUCUUCGACUUACCUGUCCGUCCGAUUAUAUCUUGCUUCUCUAUUAUAAUGUACUUAGUAAAUCUUGCACUAUGAUCUGUAGUUGGACAGAUAUCUUCAUGUGCAAUAUCUUCAUGUGAAAUAUCUCUAGCAGCAAGAAGCUCUAACAAUAUCUUCAUGUGAAUGAGCAGCAAGAAGCUCUAACAAUCGCUUUCGCCGCGACGUCAGUGAUGGAGGAGUCAACUACAGUGAUGAAGGAGGACAACAGUCGUCAAGAAGAAGAGGAAACUAGGGAUGAUUAGGGGUUUCCACAUAUAAGUGCAUUGCAUCCCUCCCUUCACUUUAAACACUAGUAGCACAGUAGUAAAUCUUGUUUAUCUUGCACUUCAUAAAGUCUCGUCGUAGUGGUAGGACAAGUACUCCUACGGUCUUAUUACUAGUAAGUAGUAAGAUCUCUGACUCUUUUCGCAAUAUUAAGAAAGAAGUCACAUGGGACGUUCUGCGGGAAGAGUGCAAUUGUUUCGGAACCUCUAAGACGACGACUCGCCGGCCAGCGACGGGCGGCAUCGAAUGACAGCCCACGAACGUCUCGCGCAGCUACAUAUAGACCCUUCUGCUAUGGCUGUGCGAUCUCUGUCCAAGCAUGAGAGCUUUCGCUGCAAUUUGAAUUUUCACUUUCUUCUUCAACUUUUUUCCACGUGACAUACGUCCUCGUCUGUGAUCAUGACAGAAGACCAUCGAGGGGCCUUGAUCCAGACAGGAGGUUCUAGUGGAGAGUAGGAGGUUCUAGUGGCGGUUCUAGGAGAGUUCUUGGCGUGGUUGUUUACGAUCCUAGCUUGCAUAGAUAUUUUCUUUCUAAUGUAGAGUUGGAGUGGUUGUUUACGAUCCUCGACCGAGAUGGCUCAGGCACCAUCAGCGAGGCAGAGUUUGUUCAGGGGAUAGAGACUCUCACGUCAAGUGAGCACAGUCGGCAACUCCUCAGUUGUCAGAGCUACUUACGGCGUUAUGUUUAGCUUAGUUUAGAAUGAAAGCGCCUACAAUCUAAACAAUUCAUCACCCUGCUUAUUAACCUUAUAUAUAAGUGGUUGUUGCCUUAAGGCAUCCCAUCGGGACUGCGAAAGAGGAUCACCAUUGAUCCUUAGCCUUACUGUAAGGUGGGGAUGAGGCGGGUCCGUGCUCGUAUCCUUGCUUGUAUCCUUGUCCUUCCUUAUCCUUGCUUGUGUCCUUUUUAUCCUUGUUGUACAUCUUGCUUUAAGGGGAUCAUACCACGGAGGCUCUCCUUCAUCUGCACAUUAGGGGAAAACAAAACACAUUAAAGAUGUGACUUCUCUCUAGAUGUGACUCCUUUCUAGAUGAUGUGACUUCUCUCUAGAUGAUGUGACUUCCGCUUAGCUCUAGAUGUGACUUCGCUCUAGUAGAUGUGAACUCAAGCACGCUCUAAGUCACGUUUUGCGCGCGUUGCACACGAUGUUUACGCGCCGAACUCAGCGGAUCGACAUACUAGCACAAAGGGUGAAGAGCCUCAACGAAUUCACUUCUCUUACGGAAAAAAUUUUGAUGGCCAAACUAACUUGCUGUAGCCGUAGUAAAUAGUGCUUAUAAUUUUUACAUUUACUGACCUUGUUCGACAAGAAACUGUUACGUCAAGUAGUCGAGCAUAGUAUUACAUACUGAAGGAGAUCUUCGUCUAAAGAUCAGACGAAAGAUGCAGUAUUGUAGCAGGACUACUUGCUUGGCGUACUGGAUCCCUACUAGCUUUUUUCAGCAGAUAGUGGCUUUUUCUAACAAGAUCCCGGCAGGAGAUCAUGAGCAGGAUCACGAGGGGAACGCGCAGCUCAUAUCAGGGGAUUUUGUUCCAGCAGCAUCAGCCGAGCAGCUGCCGGCUUCAGAGCAGUCCCCGCUUGUUCCAACACCUAGUUUUUUAAGGGUCACCACGACAUGUAUUAAUUUGGUCAGCAUUCUUGGCCUCUUGUUUUCACGUAGGCUAGGACGCAUGUUUCUGAAGAGUAGACGUAGCAGUAGAUCAUGCAACCACAGAUCGAAGUCGAACCUCUUGUCAGGCACAUCAAUCAAGCAAUCACUCAAUCCAUCAGGGCGAAUGUUUCUGAAGAAUGUUGCAAAAUCCGGACGAAUGUUUCUGAAGAAUGUUGCAAAAUCCGGACGAAUGUUUCUGAAGAGUAAAUUCCAACCUCUAAGAUUUGGACGCGCUGUUGGCCGUUCCGUUGGGGAGGGUACAGGUUUGAAAGCCAUCCUGGAAGAAGAGUUAAGGAAAUCACGCUUCAAUGUUCGCGAAAAAACUCGAAUCAUCAAGUUCCAGUCUCCUUCUGUAGAAAAAUUUUCUGAACUAUAAUAAAUUGUUUACAACACUGCAGCUCCAGCAACUAUCAUUGCUUACAGCAAGGGGGGGAAGUUCUAUUCUGACCGUUGUCUUGCUUUAUUCUGACCGUUGUCUUGCUUUAUUCUGACCGCUGUCUUGCUUUAUUCUGAGCGUUCUUGGCCUUCUUCUACCGUUCAGGAAUCACCUUGAAGAUUGUAGAUUGUUUCUAAGUAAAGACGAGGAGCCUGCUUUCACACACCAGCAGUGCUACGACCGAGCCAAGCGAACGGCAGAGGAGACUGUGGCAUCGCUCCUAAAGGAAGAUCCUGAGCUUUUUUCGCGGUUUUGCUGACUUAGUAGCUAUGAGGGGGAUCUACAUCUAGAUCUACUUGCUUCAAACUUUUGAUAUACUGGAUGCUAGAAGAAGAAAGUACUAAAUCAAUGGAUGCUAGAAGAAGAAAGUACUAGCAAAUCGUAUAGUUGUGAUGUGAUGCGGAGUGGUCCACAGUCCACAAUCACUGAUGCCAUGCCAAAAUGUUGCCAACUUGACAUAGAAACAAAUGAGAUACUUAAGUUUCAGUUUUUCUCGAGCUUGCAUUUCCUCUCUGCUUCUAUCCCCCUUUUCCAUAGCGUAUCUCGCACGACUAGUCUCUCGCUUGUUGUUGUUCAAACCUUAAGAGGUCUUAAUUCAAAUUCCAUUUGCCACAACAUCAACAUCUUUGGUUUCACCAUUUCUAUUUGCUAAAACAUCCAGAAAUAUUUUGGCUUCAACUUCUUGACUAAGUACUUCAUGGAUGAUAGCACAGGAGCACAUCAACUGAUCGUAGUAGAGACGCGCUCAUGAAAGCCGCUCCGCUCUUCCAUAAUACUAGCUGUAGAUUCUGACUGAUGAUUCUUAUUAUAUUCCAACCUCAGACGAAGGAGAGAGACUCGUUGCUUGUCGUGAUACUACAGAUUCAGAUUAUACUUCGAAGCACUCAGAUGACCACGAGAGAGGACGAGGAGGAGUAGCGUUUCACUGUAG